AUGGCUGCCCGCAUCAGAAACCGUCGGCUUACCUGCCCUGCCGUACCCAUGUCGCCUAGCGAACCGGUCAACGUCGUCUGGGCGGUGAGGACACCACCACCUUCGGCAACGGAAUCACCCGAUGCGAGUCGGAGCAGCGAGAAGAAGGAAAAGCCUCAGAAGCUAUGCGUGCGUCCUUACCCUCUCGUGGUGUGCCCGGCUACCAUACCACUGCACGCGGUGGGUGCACUCGCAGUCGCUCCGUUUCGCAACACCCAUCGCGAGCACAUCGCCGACCCUGCGCCGGCUGACCGCUCUGUGAGCUUCUAG